GUGUUACCGCUAAACGUGUCCCCCGCCCUACCCCCCAAAAGCUCACCACAGGGGCUUUUGCUUAGGGACCAGUCAGUAAAUUCCCGUUUGAAUAGACGAUUACUCCUUUGUUUUUAAGGGACGUAUUGUAGAAUAAAGUUUUUUUUUCUCUUUGGAACACCAUCAUAAAAACGUCCAAAUGAUAAAUACAUAAAUUUCAGUUGGUAAAAACGGGACUGUUAUUUUGUAGCUUUAAAAAAUGUGUCCUCCGAAUUAAAAUAUAUAUAUUAUUUCAGUAUAUAUGUAUAUAUAAAUCAUAUUUGUUUACUGUUGUUUCUGUCAUGUUAUUUCAUGUGUGCUUUAUUUUGUAUUUGUUAUGAGCAGGGGGGAAAUUGCACUGCACUUCCCGUGUUACCGCUAAAUAUGUCCCCCCCACCUAAAUGUUUCCUUUGCAAUGUGGAUUUAAGAAGACGCAUUGAUGUCGUAAAGCCGAAAUAUGCAUCAUAUUUCCGACAACAAAGAUGAUCCCCUGCCCCUGUCAUGUCUGCGCCUCCUGGUCCCACCACUGCGGCUGGUCUCUGCAGCCAUCUGGGAAACUGUCGAGCGGAGAGCCGUGGCCGAUUAUGGGCUGCUGGACGACUUUGUUGCAGCGAUCACCGAAACUGUGCCAGAGCUUCUCAACCGCAGACAGAGGCGUCUGCUGAGCCUCGGCCUUCGCGCUCAGCUGAUACUGGAGUCAUGUCGCCCAGGGCAGACUAUAGACCUGGAGACCAUUCAACCACACCUGGAUAGAAUCGCCUCACUGUGGAACACAGAGAUAAGUGAUAAAGGCGAUGGAUCCUCCGCAUCGGACCUCCUCGCUCUCAUUCACACGCUCAUUAAAGACCACGAGGAGCGGCAGCAUUUCUUCCGGGAUGUCUUCCCAGUGAGAUUUGGGGCCAGGUAUUUUGAAGACAUACGGACGCUCGUGGAAACACUCCUCUUGCGGCUCGACAAGUUACUCAGCGUACCAAAUCUCAAACAGGUUGCCUGGAUGAUCAGCGACGUGCCCUCAGUACUGUCAGAAUGUAUGCAGUCCUUCUGUCGAUCUCAGGAACUGAAAUGCCUUCUGGAAUAUCAAAAAGGUCUCAGUCAACUAAAUGAAAAUGAUAAUCCAGCAGUUGGUGCCAACAUAUAUUCGGCCCUCUGUCUGCCGCCUUUGACAAAAGCCUCGCCAGAACAAGACGAGAGAGCGCUGGAUGCGACGGUGCUAAGUGAUUACAUGGACGCGUUCAACAAAGAACUGACGGGGGAAACUGUUCCAUCGAGAAAACGCGCAGGGAUAGAUGAGACGGAGAGUGAUGAUCCAACACUGAGCGAGGCCGACACCGGCAGUGUGACGAAGAAGUCCGCUGUGUACAAAGAGAUAGGACUGGAGGAUGAGAUUGCUUACGCUGUUCAACGCGUUGAGUCUUUGGAAAGGGAUAUGGUGUGUUUAGACGCGUGUGCUGUCGAGGUCCAAGUUGGUUACAAUGUUGAAAUCCUCGCUGAGGACGCUGUUGCCACGGAAAACCAGUCCCCUGUUGGUGACUCGGUAAUGGAUAUUAGAGAGGGAGAGCAGGUGCAGGUAUUAGUCAGAACCGCAGAGGACAGUGUUCACAAAGUCAUGAGGCCCAGUGAGAUUAACAAUCACACAAUAGCUGCUGAACAGAUGGAAAACAACAACAUAUCUAAUGGGACUCUGUCACCUGUACUAUACGCACCUGGGAUUGCGUCUGAAAGACCAGUUAGACUGUACCAAAGUCUCAAGAUUAAAAACAUUGCAGUCGCUCCCAAGAACGGGCCGUGCGCGAGGAGCCCACGAGUUCUGUCAUCCAGCAAGACCUGUCCCACGUGUGGAAAGACGUACAGUCGUGCCUCGGACAUGAGAAGGCAUCAGAGGACUCACACAGGGGAGCGGCCCUUCCAGUGUUCGCGGUGUAAGAAACUCUUUCAAUUCCAGUAUGACCUUAAGAGGCACGAGUUAAAUGUGUGCCGGAUCGCGGUGCCAGAGCCGCUGAACAUCUCUGACAAAAACAGUCAAGAAGACCCAAAGCAGGGGGGAGUUUGUGGCCAACUCGUGAGUCCAGCUACGGACGUUAGGACUCAUGAAAAUGAAUGUCUAGUAGAUUUGGAAGAAGUCGAGCCUCCUUCUGGAGAGGGAGAACCAAUGGCCACAGAGCAAAAUCUAAAAUCCUUGAGUACCAUAGGGCGGCCAGCUGACGUAAAGGAGCAGAGCCAAGGAUUUCAUCAGGUCAAUCACAGAGGCACAGAGAACUCCAAGGGUCUGAGGUGGAAAAAGACGGGUAAACGCGGACACACUGAUGCUUCACUGCGUUGUGUUGAAUGCAACAGGUCCUUCCCAGACCCGGCGAGACUUGACACGCACAAUCUGAGACACAAACCUCAUCCGUGCACCAAGUGUGGCGAGAGUUUCAAAGGCUUCACAGACCUCAACCAACACUAUGCCAAAGUGCAUGACUUCCGAGGACCUUUUUCGUGCUCUUUGUGCGAAAGAACGUACACCGACCUAUCGGGUCUGAUCCGGCACGAGAGGUCCCACAGCGGGGAGCUCCCCUUCAAGUGCCCCAAGUGUCCGAAGGCUUUCAGCUACGCAUCUGCUCUGACGCUGCACGACCGAACUCACACAAAAGAGGCGCCGUUCCUCUGCUGGGACUGCGGCAAAGGCUGCAGGUCCAACGCGGCCCUGCGAAUCCACAGGCUGUGUUGCCACAGCGGCGCAGAGGAGAAGCGCUUCUGCUGCGAGCACUGCGGCAAGGUGUACGCGCUCAAAAGGAGCUUGGACCUCCACGUGGCGAAGCUCCACACCGGCGUGCGGUACCCGUGCUCGCACUGUGGCAACCUGUUCCGGAGCGCCAACUCGCUGACGAGACAUUAUCUGACCCACACGGAGGAGAGGCCGUACUCGUGCAGCGAGUGCGACAAGGGAUUCCGGUCGGCUUCCGAGCUGAAAAUACACACUCGCUAUCACACCGGGGAAAGGCCUUUCCGGUGUCAGGAAUGUGGCAAGGGGUUUGUCCAGUCUUACUACCUCACUGCACACAGGAGGAUGCAUACGGGGGAAAAGCCGUACAAAUGCCCAACUUGUAACAGAAGUUUCAAAAGCGCAGGGAUUUUGAAGAGGCACCAGAUCACCCAUACAGGAGAGAAACCCCAUAAAUGUUCGGACUGUGAAAUGGCCUUCAGUCGCCUUGAACUUAUGAAAGCUCAUGUAAAGAAAUGUCAUUAAAAUUGUGCAAUUUGCUGA